AUGCAGCAACUCCCGUCAGCCUCAAAUGCUGACUUCGCCGAAGAGAUCGGGGUUGCUGACCCAGAGCCAGCUUUCAGUCAUCACGACCUCCUAUGUAAAGAUAUUUACGCGAAGAGCUCGAAGGGUUUAGAACGGCUGGGUCGGUUUAUCCAGGACAGAGAGGCUCGGGAAAAGGAACGGGCAGACUGGUCGCGGAACAGAUACAGGUAUCAGAUUGAGUCCGCCAGGCUAUGGAAAGACCUCCAAGAGUGUGCAAACCGCUUGAAGCAACCACCUGUGGAAUUGCCGCCCUUGGAUCCAGAUGCCUUCAACCCGUGGGCCGUCGAAUCAGAAACGCGUGCUCCAUUCACUGCACCAAUAUUUGGUGCCCCAGCAAGACCCACAGCUGUUCGCAAAGCGAAGGGGCUCUUCUCACCGUAUGCCUCGAUGAGUGACUUGGCGGCGGCCUUCCAUGCACCCGAAGAGGGAGGUCGCUGCUUAGCACAGCGUGCAAGAUCAGAGACAGAGGUAUCAGUGCUGCGACCAACACCCGGGCGAAGACCUCGCGGUUUGAUGAAAGGAGGCCCCAAGCAGGAGAUCGUUUGGCCUGGUGGUUGGAUACCAAAGCAAUCAGUCGGAAGUCGAGGCCUCCCGCCAGGUUUCAUCACUGCCAAAGCCUUCCCGAGCGGUCAGGUGAUGUACCCGAAAGACAGAUGGUUUCCGCCGGCCAGGGGAGGUGGAGCCAUGGUGGAUUUCGAAUACGACAUGACGACAUGGAAGGAAGCCAAAGUCUGGAGUGGAGGUCCAGUGGAAGAGUGGGAGGUGCAGGGAAAAGAUACGAAGAAGCCCGCAGUCUCGAUUCACCCACGUGACAUGAUGGACUACCACGGCCUAAGUAACAUGUGGCCUCGGGAGCUCUUCUCCAGAGCUGUGGCCCUGGGGGAAGAUCAGUACCUCGAGGUCAUCAAACUGCAGGAAGAGCUGAAGUUCCAUUUCUACUACACUGGGCUCGACCCACUGGACGGGACAGAUGAUCCGAAGGAAUACUUGUGCUUGGUCGUUUACAGCAAAGCCAACUGGCCUGGCCUGAAAAAAGGCCUGCGCCAGAUCAGCAUCGACAUCGAUGCCUCGCCGGAAGAAGCGGUAGACAAGGAUACGGAGGACCUUGCCAUCCAAAUGAUGCUUCGGGCAUCGGAUGCAUGGAUAACCUACUGCGAUCCCUGGAUGAAGCGCGAGUUCACAGAUGAUUCUGCCGUUCUUCAACCUGGCACCGUAUACAGAUUGCGAGAGGACGGGCUGAAAGAGAAACUUGGCCUCUAG